AUGGAGGCAGGCAUCCAAGGCAAACGCUCAGUGGAUGUGCUCAUAGAACGGCCGUGCCGUACUGCUCCAGAUAUCCUAGGCGAUCAUGACUCUGACAAGGCAAAGGCGUUCCUCCAUAAUGAGUGUCGUGUGUUGGUGGUGGGCGCAGGUGGACUAGGUUGCGAGAUUCUCACAAAUCUAGCACUCUCUGGUUUCCGCGACAUUCAUGUCAUUGACAUGGACACGAUUGACAUAUCGAAUUUGAACCGGCAGUUCUUGUUCCGCGACAAAGACGUCGGCCAGCCCAAGGCGACCACAGCUGCCGCCUUUGUCCAGUCACGAGUGCCUGGUGUCAAAAUCACAUCUCAUGUUUGCCGUAUUCAGGAAAAGGAUGACGAAUUCUAUAUGCAAUUUCGCAUGGUGAUUUGUGGACUAGAUUCGGUCGAGGCGCGCAGGUGGAUCAAUGCUACCUUGAUUCGCUUGGUGGAUGACCAGAACCCCGCCUCACUAAAGCCGCUUAUUGAUGGUGGUUCAGAAGGUCUCAAAGGUCAAGCGCGCGUCAUUCUCCCCACAAUUACCAGCUGCUAUGAAUGCAGCCUAGAUAUGCUCCCCAAGCGGACAACCUUCCCUAUAUGCACAAUUGCCAAUACACCGCGACUCCCAGAGCACUGCAUUGAGUGGGCUAGUGUGCUUGAGUGGCCCCGAGUGCAUGCGGGAAAGAAACUCGACAAGGACGAUCCUGAACAUGUCCAAUGGGUCCUUGACACGGCUCUGGCGCGCGCUGAAAAAUUUCAGAUCUCUGGUAUUACCUGGUCACUCACGCAAGGCGUCAUCAAGAACAUCAUACCCGCGAUUGCAAGCACGAAUGCUAUCAUUUCAGCUGCAUGCACGCAAGAAGCCUUCAAGAUUGCUACAUCUGCCGCGCCUUACUUGAACAACUACAUGAUGUAUGCUGGUAAUGAAGGCGUCUAUACAUUUACAUUCGAGUACGAAAAGCGUGCUGACUGCCCCGUGUGUGGUGGUGAGUCUCGUUCUAUCCAUAUUAGACCGGAUGACUCGCUUGCACACCUGGUUGCCAUGUUGCACGAUUUACCUGAUAUUCAGUGCAAACGUCCUACUAUUUCUGGCCCAUCUGGCCCAUUGUACUACUCAACACCAGAUGCGCUUGAGAAAGCAACGCGUCCGAAUUUAGAUCGUUGUAUGACGGAACUAGGCAUACAGCAGGGUGAUGUGCUCACAGUGGCAGACGGACAAUGGCCUUUUGUCCUGACGUUGGAAAUUUUGUACACAUAG